ACGAUUUCACGGAAAACGGACGACUGUUUGUCUAUUUGUGAAGUGAGAUGUGUUUUAAAGACGGAUUAAUAAAAAGUCCAGAAGUUUUCUAAUAUAUAUAGUUAAGUAUUGUGUUUAUUGUUAUAUAUUUAUUGGAUUUCAUUGGAUGCCAUGAAUGGCUCAAGGUACACGUAGUUCCGGAGGAAAGUGAGAAUGUAAACACGUAAUAAAACAGUCAUGACUUCUAUAGAUGAGAUCACAAAUGUGACAAAAGCAAUCCUGAAUGAAUCGCAGGUUGUAGAUUCCACCCUUAUUUUCGGUCCUCAACGAGAUUCAAUGUUUAUAGUGGUCCCUAUAACGAUCAUUUAUACUCUUAUUUUCAUCACAGGCUUAUUCGGAAACUUAUUUACAUGUGUGGUAAUAAUUCGCAACAAAAGCAUGCACACAGCCACAAACUACUAUUUGUUUAGUUUAGCAAUAUCCGAUCUUCUGUUACUAGUAAGUGGUAUGCCCCAAGAGAUGUACUCUAUCUGGUCGAAAUGGCCUUAUAUCUUCGGACACAUUUUUUGUGUUCUACGCGGCUUGGCGGCGGAGACGUCGACAAACGCUAGUGUCCUGACGAUCACUCUAUUUACUGUCGAGAGAUACUUAGCCAUAUGUCAUCCCUUUGCUACUCACAAAAUGUCGAAGUUAUCACGAGCGGUAAAACAUAUCAUAAUUCUGUGGGUAGUAUCUUUUGGACUGGCCUUACCGCAAGCCCUUCAAUUUGGGAUAAGAAUCCAUAAAGGAGUCACAAUGUGCCUACAAACAAGGGUAAUUAUCGAGCACUCGUUUGAGAUCUCUACUUUCUUUUUCUUCUUUGCACCAAUGAUCAUGAUAACUGUAUUAUACUCCCUCAUAGGACUAAGAUUAAAUAAAUCGUAUUUGAGUGAAGAUUUACAAGACGAAGAAGAAGCUAGAAGGAAUUCAAGUGUAGUGAAAAAUAUACAUCGAAAAAAUAACACUAAAUCAACAAAAAGAGUUAUUAAAAUGUUAGUCGCAGUCGUCAUAGCAUUUUUCGUUUGCUGGGCACCAUUCCACGCGCAACGGCUAGUUGCUAUCUAUGGAACCUCAGAGGACCACCUCGCCAAGUCGCCAGUUCUACUCUCCGUAUACUACUUCUUGACCUACUUGUCCGGAGUUUUCUACUACAUAUCUACAUGUAUAAAUCCUAUAUUCUAUCACAUUAUGUCCAACAAGUUCAGGGACGCUUUUAAGAACACAAUAAUACGGUGCUGUUGCCCAAGUAAAAACCUUCCCAUCGUGCAGCGUUGUUCCUACACAACCGUACCAUUGUCCCGACAUGUGAAUUCAUUGAAACCCGCACACAGAGAAAAUAAAGAAAAAAUGAAACGAGACUGCAUUAGACGGGACAACAAUUAGCAGUCAAUCCGAUCGCGGAAUUGUAAUAAUAAGGAUAAAAACAGUCAGAAUUUUAUCUUCAAGACUGCGCACUUAACUCCAGUCAAACGUACAUUUUAAAACUAUGUUAAAUUAAAAACAUAUAAGUUUUUAACUUUUUUUAUUAAGUCGUCUAUUUAAGGCUCCGUUCCUUUACAUAACGAAUCAUUAUUGUACUAGCCGACUGUUUUUGAUUUACGGGUAAAUAUAAGUUAAAGCGUUUCUUCUAUGUUUUUACGUAACAUAUUUGUACAUG